CAUCUCUUGCGCUGCUACGCUUGCUCUGUCGCAGUGGAGGAGCUCGGCGUCAGCUGCCUGUCGGACGGCUCGAGCUUGGGACGGGGGCCAAGGAUGGCAUGGCUCUUUGCAUCGACGAGCAAAGGCUCACCCACGUUUGACGAGCUACUAGACAAGUGCACCUCUGACACCCUCCCCACGCCGUCGACGAACACAGACAGCAUCAUUCCCGAUCCAGACGCACUCGUCCUCUCCGAUCUCAUCAGGUCUGCGCAAGUCACUCCGCCCAUCGCCGUCAAGGGCUUCAAACGCCGCCUAGCUCAUCACAACCCAAAUGUGCAACUCUACACGUUGCUCACGCUGGACAUAUGUAUCAAGAACGGUGGCGAUGCCUUCCUGAGGGAAGUCUCCGGUGCGAGCUCGUCCAACGCUUCAGGCUCGAAAGACCUCGUGGACGAUCUCGCCGAACUCGCUCACUCGGCACACGAUAGCAAUGUCAGGUCGACCGUAUUGCGAUUGGUCCAAAAUUGGGCGACCGCUUUCCAGUCCAAACCCGCGCUGGCCUACUCGAAGCUCUCACUCGUCUACACGCGUCUCAGGCAAUCGGGCUUACCGUUCCCCAAGAUUGAUCCAUCUGCCACGGCUGCCAUGAUCGACAGUAUGGCCGCACCGGAGUGGGCAGAUGCGACGCUCUGCUCGAGAUGCAGAGACGCCUUCUCGAUCACGAACCGCAAACAUCACUGCAGGAAUUGCGGUCAGAUCUUCGACCAAAAGUGUUCUUCCAAGACUUUGCCCUUGCCCCAGUAUGGCAUCACCGAGGAAGUGAGAGUAUGCGAUGGAUGUCAUAAGAAAUUGACUGCUCCUGCUGGCUCGACACGAAGAGCGUCAUCUGCCAGCCUCUCAUCGAGCAGAGCGGACAACAAUGCCGAUCUGAGGAGAGCGUCCUCUGCUCACGUCUCCUCUCGGAAAUCGCGCGAAGAUGCAGAGUUGCAGCUCGCUCUACGACUCUCUCUUGCAGAAGCCAACCCGGGUACUUCAAAGGGAGACGAGACGCCGAGGGCGAGCGUGCGUACCGCUGCACAAGCUGCAAAGGACAUGGAAGCCGAAGACCCGGAUCUUGCCGCUGCUAUUGCUGCAUCUCUGCGCGAUCUGCCGCCUUCUGCUCCUGCUCCCUCCCAGCCGGCUCAUACUCAUCAGGGCUACUCGGUCAGACCGAGCGUACCUACUUUGCCGUCUGUCGAACUCGAGACGGCUCAGCUCAAUGAUCUGCUGACGUUCUCCAAUGCGGUCGAGCAAGCUCAGAGGACAAGGCAACCACCUCAGACUCUGCUGCCCCAGGCAGAAAGGUCUCGGCAAUCCGGCCGAGUGCUCAUCGGUCAUCUCGACAGUGCCGAUCGUAGGAUAGGCUAUCUGAAUGAGAUGAACGCAAAGCUUGUGCAGGCCAUCAGGCUCUACGAUCAUCAGCUCGAACAACGGCUCUCGAGUAACAAGACGAACGGCUAUGUACCCAAUGAUGGUUACAGACAGUCCGCGACGGCGUACUACAGCAGUGCACCGCCCGCUUCGGAGCCUCCACGGCAGUAUGCGUCUCCACCGCCUACCCGGCCGACGCAAGAGAGCUACGGCUACGAUCCCCAACAUUACGCUCAGUACUCACAAGAACCGCCCCAGCAGCCGCUUUCACAGCCUACUGCACCUGUGCAACAGAUCUCUGCACAGAAUGGGUACGCUCAUGCGCAACCGGAUAUGACACCUAGUGCUCCUUCUGCACCUUACGCCCCCACGACGCCGCAUUCCUACUCUGACGCCCUGCCGAAUCAGCAGACGAUUGCAUCAUCUCCUCGAAACAUGCCCGAUCAGAAAGACCACCAACAUCACGCUCAGCAACAGCAGCAACAGAGGUAUGCAUCCCGACAAACGAGCUACCAUGCUCCUCCUCCUCCUCAGGCAGUAUUCGAUCUACCGAGCGUACCGCCGACUACGAUGAUGCCCUCUGCACCCACAACGCAAUUCGAAGACCAUGCGAGGGAACAGCCUCAGGAAGCUUUGCUCAUCGAUCUGUAGAAAUUUGACGGAAACGCUACGUGUUGUUUGUGUCUGUGCAGAGUCUCCUACGCGCGACCU